ACAAUUUCGACACGAUGCAACGGGAAACUGCAGUGUGUUGAAGCAAGUGAAUGGUACCUUUUUUGUCUCCGUUUGGGGAAUAAUGAAGAUGAUAUUGAGCAAGAUAUGUAGUAGGAGCAGUAAAACUAACGUGGGUUUGUGGAGAUUACAGAGCAAAUGGGUGUCAACUUCAAGUAAAAGUGUCGUUGACAGGGCUGUUAAAGAUGGUGAACUAAGAGUUUUCAUAGUAGCAGGAGAGGUCUCUGGGGAUACUCUUGCCUCUCGUCUCAUGAAUGCAUUGAAGAAGCUGGCCCCUGUUCCUGUAUGUUUCUCUGGUGUUGGAGGGUCCAUGAUGUCCAAGCAAGGAUUGAAAUCCUUGUUCCUUAUGGAGGAUAUUGCAGUAAUGGGAAUCUGGGAGUUAUUGCCUCAUCUUUAUAAGUUCAGAGUGAAGUUGAAGGAAACUAUAGAGGCUGCUGUUUUGUUUAGGCCUCACGUUGUUGUGACAGUGGACUCCAAGGGUUUCUCUUUCCGUCUGCUAAAGGAAUUACGGGCUAGAUUCAGUCAGCUCAAAUGGAAUGAUGUGGUACACUUCCAUUACGUAGCACCGUCAUUUUGGGCUUGGAAAGGGGGUGAAGCAAGGCUUAAAAACCUAGCUACCUUUGUCGAUCAUGUCUUGUGUAUACUUCCCAACGAGGAAGUAGUUUGUAGAUCAAAUGGACUGGCUGCAACCUUUGUGGGCCACCCUAUUGUGGAAGAUUGUUUGGAAAUGAAUUUGGGAAAGGACAAAAUGCAAUGUGAAAUGAAGAUAGAUGGAAAUUGUAAAGACUUUCGACAUAAAUAUGCUGUACCUUCAGGUGCCACUGUCAUGACCUUGCUACCUGGAAGCAGAUUACAAGAGGUCACCCGAAUGCUUCCAAUCUUUGCGAGCACUAUGGAACAAUUAAAGCACUCAUUUCCUGAGUUGCUGACAGUCAUCCAUGUGGCACCUAAUCAGCAUGUGGAGGACUACGUCAAUAAAGUUGUACACAAGUGGCCGGUGCCUGCUAUAUUGAUUCCAGGAGGAUCCUCACAUCUGAAAUAUGAUGCAUUUAGCGCAAGCAGGGUUGCUUUGUGUACUUCAGGAACAGUUGCUGUGGAGCUGCAGCUUGCACGAUUACCUUGUGUUGUUGCUUACCGAGCGCACUUUCUAACUGAGUGGUUUAUCAGACGUAAAGCAAAGAUACCAUACAUCUCUCUCUCCAAUAUUCUCUUGGAUUCACCUAUAAUUCCAGAAGCUCUCCUUCAAUCUUGCACCCCUGAUAAGCUGGCUGGAUUGCUCAAGGAGCUGAUACAUGAUGAGGCCCUUCAAGAAGAGCAGAUUGUAGCCGCUGAUAAAGUUAUCAGACUUCUGUUUCCUCCAGAAAGAACCAUUACCAACCUGGAAAGGCCGGAUCUUGGUUUCACAUUGCCAAAUUGCACGCCAAGUAUGUUAGCAGCAUCAACCAUUCUAGGCUUUGUGAAAUCAUGAAGACUAAUGUAUUCAACACAUUAGGCAACUAACUGAUGCACUCAGCUUGAUCAUAAGAUUUGCUUCUCUCAGAGUCCUUCAGGUCCAUAUCCAGGGGGAUUUUUUUUUUUUUUUUUUUUAGAUUCAAGCCCAAUUAUGACAUCUCAGUAAUAUUGGUAUCAAAGCAGCUAGAUUCAUGACUUGCUUUUGUCCCAACUUAAAGAUUGAAGGCAUAAAUCUAAAUGCGGAACCGCUUAAACUUUGUUAUAUUUAAUGGAUCAGUUUUUUCAA